AUGCGAAACAUAAGAGGAUGUUCACAAAUUCAAUAUCGACCCUCAUGGCCUCGCAAGCAUUUGAUGGUGCACAGAAUUCGUGUCACAAAGGUGAUUCGGGAAGGAAUUAUUUUUAGUUGCUGCUGGCAUCGGCGAGUUAUAAUAUUCACUCUCGCCAUGAUGAUAAGGAACUAUUAUUUGCAGGGAAAGCAACUUACAUCAAACUUUCAAGUGUAG